AUGAAUCAACCACAAGACAAUAUAACAUUGAUUAAUCUAUCAAGUAUUGAUUAUGACCGAUAUUCAAAUAAACUAUCACAGUUGGAAAUAAAUAUACUAAAAGAGUAUCAAUCUAUAAAUAAUAAUUUGAAAUUAAUAUCAAAAGAAUUAGAAUCAAUUAUUGGAUUAACAAAUGAAAAUGAUAAUAAUAACAAGUCAACAAAUAUUACUGUUGAGAAUUUAAGACAAAUUGAGUCAAAAGUUGGUUUCAUAUAUACAUUUUUCAAAAGUGCGGUAUAUACAUUAUAUACAGAACAUGAAGGUGAUGAUGAUGGAAGAGAUGACGAAGAAGAAGAAGAAGAGUACGUAGAGGAAGAUAGUCAUAUACAAGAAAAAAGUAACGAUGAAGAUGGUAAUGAUAAUACUGAACUACUGGACAGGUCAAAUAUAGCAUGA